AUGUCCAGGUCGCUCCGCCUCGCAUGCCCUUCGCACACAUACUUACAGUGACACACAAUCUCGUCAGUGUCGAGUUGUUUGUCGAACAACCUUUGCGUUGGCACGACAUCAUCCAAGUACUGCCUGCGCCCCAAAACCCGCUAUCUACUACAUACAAACGAUACCCACAGACUUACGAACACACAUACCCGACAGGACUACCGGAUCGUAAGUGGCGCAUUAUAAUGCCCACUAUUGUACGCACCGGCAGUCGCCGCGUCUUAGCACGUUUUGUUUGCUUGUGGCGGUUAAUAAAUGCAGAAUUCAUCAUCAUCAUCACCAA